AUGGCUCAGGCUCCCGGGGCAGCGCACGCGGGGGCCCAGGCGGAGGCCCCGCCGCCCAGCUCCGGUGCUGUGAGCUCCAGCAGCCCCAGCUCCAGCUACCCGCUCGCCUCGCUCUACGUGGGCGACCUGCACCCAGAUGUGAACGAGUCCAUGCUCUUCGAGAAGUUCUCGCCUGCAGGGCCCAUCCUGUCCAUCCGCGUGUGCCGCGACGUGACCACCCGCCGCUCGCUGGGCUAUGCCUACAUCAACUUCCAGCAGCCGGCCGACGCGGAGCGGGCAUUGGACACAAUGAACUUCGAGGUGAUCAAAGGUCAACCCAUCCGCAUUAUGUGGUCCCAGAGAGACCCAAGGCUCCGCAAGUCAGGCGUGGGCAACAUCUUCAUCAAGAAUCUGGAGGACUCCAUUGAUAGCAAAGCUUUGUAUGACACCUUCUCCACCUUUGGGAACAUUCUCUCCUGUAAGGUGGUGUGUGACAAUCAUGGCUCCAAAGGCUUCGGCUUUGUCCACUUCGAGACCCAGGAAGCAGCUAAGCGUGCGAUCAGCACCAUGAACGGGAUGCUACUGAACGACCACAAAGUCUUUGUGGGCCAGUUCAAGUCCCGCCGGGAGCGGGAAAUGGAGAUGGGCACACAGGCUAAGGAGUUCACCAACAUCUAUGUGAAAAACCUGCAUGUUGACUUGGAUGAGAGUGGCCUGCAGAAACUCUUCUCCCCAUUUGGGAAGAUGCUGAGUGUGAAGGUGAUGAGAGACAGCAGUGGCCAUUCCCGAGGCUUUGGCUUUGUCAACUUUGAGAAGCAUGAGGAAGCUCAGAAGGCGGUGACAGGCAUAAAUGGGAAGGAGAUGAAUGGGAAGCUGCUGUACGUGGGCCGGGCCCAGAAGUGGCUGGAGAGGCAGAAUGAGCUCAAGCUCAGAUUUGAGCAGUUGAAGCAGGAUCGACUGAACCGGUACCAGGGUGUAAACCUCUAUGUUAAGAACCUGGAUGACUCUAUUGAUGAUAAGAAACUGAGGAAGGAGUUCUCCCUCUAUGGAGUCAUCACCAGUGCGAAGGUGAUGACAGAAGGUGAUCACAGCAAAGGGUUUGGCUUUGUGUGUUUUUCUUCUCCAGAAGAAGCAACCAAGGCUGUGACAGAGAUGAACGGGCGCAUUGUGGGCACCAAGCCGCUCUAUGUGGCACUGGCCCAACGCAAAGCAGAGCGCAAGGCCAUCUUGACCAACCAGUACAUGCAACGCAUGUCCACCGUUCGGGCCCUGGGAGGGCCCCUCGUGAGCUCCUUCCAGCAGCCCCCUAACUACUUCCUGCCUGCUGUGCCCCAGCCUCAGGCCCAGGCUACUACAUACUAUGGCUCUGUAGCGCCUAUGCAGCCUGCCCCCAGGUGGAUGGCCCAGCCCUCAAGAUCCUCCGCUGCCUACCAUCAAGCUAUCUCAACAACCCGGACACCUGCUGUGUCUUCGGGGCACUCCCAGGUCCACCUCAGCAACAUCGGAGAGGCCUCUACUCUGGGGCAAAACCCAGUUCCCCACCAAAGAGUGGCCAACAUUGGGACCCAGACCUCAGAUCUCUGUGGCGCAGGCUCCUCUCUGCAGGAAAGUCCUAUCAGGCCGCAUCUAUAUUCCUCCACGAUACACACCGUCUGCAGGCUAAAGAGGAAUGUCCCGGCCUGCAUGCAGUUCCAGGAGCCUGCUGAACGUGUCCCCAGAAGGGAGCCCCUGAGUGCUUCCAUGCUGGCCUCGGCGCUGCCUCAUGUGCAGAAGCAGAUGAUUGGUGAUCGGCUCUACCCCCUCAUCUAUGCUCUUCACAGCGAGUUGGCAGGCAAAAUCACGGGCAUGCUGCUGGAGAUUGACAACUCAGAGCUGCUGCACAUGCUGGAGUCCCCUGAGUCCCUCAAUGCCAAGGUGGAAGAGGCUCUGAUAAUGCUUCAGGCACACCAGGCCGAGGAGCAGACGGACACAAAUGUGCAAUGA